AUGGUCGGGCUGCGCCUUAAUCAGCGCGGCCGUACUCAGGAUGUUAACAAUGUCUGCAAGAAGAUCGAAGACCUACUCCAUGGUUUGAAGUGCCGUGUCGGUGUGGAGGGCUUCUUCUGCCUUGUGUGCAACACAACCGACUUCCACAUGCCCCUGCGCUGGUACUUCAGCUCGCAGGAACUCAAUAAGUACCUGCGUGGCGCAAUCAAGAAGGGUUGGGACCCUGCCAAUAUCGGUGCAUUGGCAGAGGCCUUUGCAGUGGCCAGCUGCGAUUUUAUGUCUUUCCUGAGAACUUCGAAAUCAAAGGCCGACUGGUUGAAGGGAGAAAUUCGCGACAAGAUCAAUACCAUGCUCGUGGAGAUCACCAGGAACAGCAAAGCGGUUAUGAACUACGUCAACUACGAGAGGGAUAUCGUACUCAAAUACGGCAUCACGUUGCAAGGAUGGACUCACGAGAAGUGGGCGAACCCCUCUGACCUCAGCACCAGCCCUCCUCCUCUUCGUACUCUCCUGGCAGCACUGGAGAGCGGCACCUGCAAGUUUGAACAACUGACAUCGGAGGAGCUGAAGAAGAGGACAGAGGAAUAUGAUCAGAAAGUAGCCGCAGGAGAGGCCGUCGCUCGAAAGAAAAGGAAGGAUACAGGUGGGAAGCAUGCUGGGAUGAGGCGGAAGCAUCGCGCGGAGGCUGAAGAUGCAGAUGCAGAUAUGGAGGAUGACGAUGACGAUGAGGUAAAUGAGGAGGAGGUGCUGAGUGCCUGCACCGGUGAGAAGAGGCCCUCCGAUGACGCAAACACCAGUGAGCAGAGGCCCUCUGAUGACGCAAACACCGGUGAGCAAAGGCCCUCCAAUGACAUGAACACCGGCGAGAAGAGGCCCUCCGAUGACGCAAACGCCGGCAGCAGCAAGAGGCGGCCUUCGAAACGUCGACACAAGACAAGUUCGCACACCCCAAAGAGUGCAGAGACCAUCCCGAGCGAUGUGGACGACUGA